AUGUUAUCCAUCACAUCUCUGUUGGCAGACAAACCAACGGCCGCCCCGGAUAGUGUGGAGACCCGUCCGGUGUCCAAAUUCAAGCUUCUCCCACCCGAGAUCCGACUCAAGAUAUGGUCCUGCGCCAUUGAGCCAAGGGUAAUUCUGUUGGCUGAUCUCGCCCAGAAGCCAUGCUCGUACCCCCUGCCAGGGGUCACGCAACUGAACACGGAGGCGCGAGACGUGUCUCGGCGAGGGUACGAACCGGUUGGCAAUGGGUCGUUUGUCCAAUUCUCUAAAGAUAUGCUCCUGUGUGAUCAUGUAUUCACUGAGCAGCGUCCUAAUCCCCUGCUGGAGACAAUAGCCCCAAGGAUUGAGCGCGCCAUCUUCUGGGACUGCAUACCUGACGAGAGAGUCAGACGCCCGGCCGACUACUCGACUUACCUCUCUACCUUCUACGGGGGGAACCGGACUGGGCACAUCUGCUUUGACAAGCUCUGGUUUCCGAAUCUACGUGAAUACUGGUUCAUCAAAGUUGGGGAGGUGGACAAGGAGUGGAUGAUAAGCUCCGAUCGCAACGCGUCAUUCGACACCCGCACCCAGCAGAUGGCACGCGAGUUUAAUUACUGGGUAAACGACAACAUUGUCGAAAUGGCGCAUCUCGACAUGCGAGAUUCGGGGGCGCAGACGGUGCUUCGUGAGGGGCGCUGCAGCCUGGAUAAUUGCCGGUCGCUGAACCGUGGCCGGAAUCAUAUCAUGUCCAAGGUGAAUUUCAAAGACGGCAACUACCAGGCCCCGGAUGAUGGAAGAAGCUGGCGGGCGGAUCGUGAACCACACAAGAUGGGCACUGGUCGAAAGAAGCUUGACAUUUAUGCUGCGUCACGACUGGCCAAGCUCACAACAUGGGCCCAGGAUGAAGCGUGA